CAGCUAUUUGUUGUAGUACGCAUUUGUGCCCAUACAUGAAGAUGAAGUAGAUGUUGAUCUGACCCAAAAUGCUUUGCAUCCCCGUAAGAUUUUCUGCGUUUUUCUCUCCCAGUAAUUUGUCUCUAUAAUGCACGGUUGAUAGGUACUAUUACGUCGUAAUGGAACUGUUCCGGUUCAACAAGUGAUGUACUUGUACGAGGAGUCCUAGUAGAUUUCGUGAGCAUUUGGAUUUGUUUCUGUAGAUGAGAAAUAUUAAGUGCAAAAACAAGCAACGGGAAUGAGGUGAUGAGUUUUGUCGACGGUGAUGGCUUUCAUAUUUGAACUUUUUUCGUUGUCUUUGAAUGAAUGAAUUAAUUUUCGUUGUCUUUGAAAUUGAAUUUGAAAGUCUUAUGUUGAUGAUUGUCCUAUUGUGCUGUAGAAGGGCGUAGAGAGUUCCUGAAAACUGUUUCCGCUCCUGCCGCUCUCGAAAAAAGUGACCAUAAUUUCUUCGAUGUCUUAUCAUUUUUGCUUAGAAGAUUUGAUUGAAUCGACGGGGGUCCUCGUCGUGGCAGCACAAUCAGUUUGAUAGAAGGACUAACUACGUCUUCUUGCUUAUAAAGAGCUUCCCACGUUGUACUUAUACUCACAAGCAGUGGUACUAUGUAUGAUGUUCGUGUAGUAAUGGUCCCUUAGAGUUAGAAGUUGCUACUUAAUAGUUGCAAUCCACUAGAGUAAUCUAGUGGUCACUGGAUUGCAGCAUUGUAGAGUAUCCCUCUCAACAAGAGGAAUUUAAAAUUCUCUUGUUUCACGCACUAGUACACUGAAAAAUCAAAAUGUUGGAAGGAUUUCAUCAAAGUUCGCACACUAGUAUAACAUCCUUAACCAUGGCAAAUUUGCAAGAGAAAGAACGUUUGCAAGGAGGUCUUGAUGAUCCAGUUGGAGUAGAGGCGGCGCUGAAAAAUGACAAUGAGGCGUCUGGCGCGAGUGUGAUAUCGGCUGACACGGACUGGGGAGAGGGGAGCGACCCAGUGCUGGGCAGCAGCGAAACCGCCAUGGACACACACACUUCCAACAGCUCGGCUUCGCGAGUAGCAAAGUUGAACAACGCCGCAGAGAAUGGCGCCUUCGUUGUGAGUCACGGUCCUGCUCGUGGACUUGGUGCUGCGACAUCAACUCCUGUCGACGUUCCGAGGUUGGCCGAUGGAGUAGGGGUCCUCCACACGGAAAGAUCUCUCAAUGUGGAGUUGAGCAUGAGCGAGGAGAAUGUCAACAAUGAGUCUUUCGCAGCUGCUCUUGGUCGUGACCACGAUGAGUACCUUGUUGGUGCUACCUCUACUACUAGAACAACGGCCAACUCCGCUCCUGUAGCUGUACCUAUUUUUAGCAGUGCAAGAACAACAUCUCUACAAGAACAAGAUGCGAAGACCAGCAUGACCAUGAAGAUGCUGGAAACAGAAGCUUCUUUUGACGACAAUCAUACAGCAGCAUUUUCAUCAGCUAGUACCAAGCAGGGUCCCAGAAGCGCGUCCACUAAGAAGGAGAAGCGGAAGAAGAAAACGGCGGCAGAGAUCAUAGAGCAAUUGGAGAAACUGAUUUACUACGACGACGUGCUAAAAACCGUCACUGCAUGUGGAGGUCGAGCCUUGGUGUAUGUCGUCUGUGAAAUGGAUGAAAUGUUAAGGCUCAACAUGUUGAUAUCAAUAAUGCACUUUUCUCCCCCUCCACGGUCUUCUGUCCACAACGGCCCUGGCGGUUGCGUAAUUCGCCAGCGUCGUUGGCCUACGCUAGCCUAGCACUGCUGGGGGGAUCCUCAUGCGGGCGGCCCGGAUGGCGGCCCUCAUUUUGAGAUCCCUGGCGUCACUCUUGGUGGACGCUUGGCGCAUAAUUAGCCAUCUUCACAUAGGUUAUAAACAGCUCUAUGAGAUCAUAUUAAUGCAUCUCCUCUAGGAUAUUUUAUAAUAUGAAAAUUAAAUGUUGUGAGGUCUACGUCUUUGUCUAAAAGUGGAGGCUAAAUACGGUGACGGGCCUUUCUGGAGCUUUUUAGACUCUGCCUGGGACGAAGAUGAAGCGGAGAUGUUUGCGAAUGAACUGCAAUCGGGAGGUGACUGGACCCAGGCACCACAGAAGCAGGCGCCACUGUUUACCAGGGAGACGCCGUCUUUUGCGGCGGCGUCGCUCUACGGCUUGGACGAUGGAGAGUUUGACGCGACCGGCGAAGAGCAGGUCCAAACAAAACACGGCGGCCCAACGGUUGAGUCCAUACUUGGCUUUUCGUUUAGGAAGCGGUCGAGGUCCGCACCGGUGGAUGGCACCUCCGGGUUUCCAAACCCCUUCGAUGAGGAUCAGCAUUUUGCGGCUUUCGACGAGAGUGCUGCUGCAGCCCCCACCAACAGGGAAGCCCUUCCAGGGGCAUCAACCGAAUUCAGCAUAGACUGCUUGCGCCGGAGCACCUCCGACGAAGGACAAGGAGAAAAUAAAAGCACCAGUCCGAAUAUUAACCUAGUCCAAGAAAUGCACGGAGCAGGUGCAGGUCGCGGAGAAAAGAUGGCAUCAGUAGAGCGGCACGAGCGCUAUAUCGAAGCGGGGAAAGAGCAACUCGGGUACUCCUACCAUGUCGUUUCCGUGGUCCUAAAGCUCGAGCCGGUGGAAGACGAGCUCAGUUCAUCAAGCGAGGAAGACGAGUAUGCAGUUGCAGAGGGUUCCAGUCGUGGAUAUCAAAGUCGAGAACUACUCAACAAGAACUACUUAGCUCUUUCUUCACCAUCAACUCCAGCUAAUUCUAUUAAUGGACAUCCAGCUGCAUCCGCUUCUCCAGCAUCCUCCAGGAGUGGUCAAGAUCCAACUAAAAAGAAUAAGGUUGCUGGCGGCACACAACAGAGCAAUGUACGAAACAGUAAGAUAACAGCGAAGUGGGGACCAAGCGCGGCGUCGAAUGUGGACGUGGUUCAACUACAAGGCGACAAGAACAAGUUGCAGAGGGUUGUCAUUGAUGAGAGAUCGAUACGGAUUCGAAAAGGGGCGCACUCGAUUACCUUGGAAGCGAUCGCUAGAAGCAUUGGGAAGUGUAAUUCGCGCAACACUGGCGGUCAUAACAUCCUCCGGUCUGUUAUAGGCAAACUGCCCGCUUUGAGGUAG